AUCGCGUUCUCAAAUAAGUUGAUCCGGGGUCUACAGCGUCUUUAUACCGAGGCAACUGCCUCGGUCGUGGUUACAUGUUGUUACGAGUCGCGUUUACUUUUUCAAGCGAUUCGCAAAGGGGAGAGUCCCAUAUUUUUGCUGCGAGCGACCUGGUCGGUGAAGGAAUUAGGGAGGCCGUUGAUCAACUUCCCGAACCAGACAGUUUGCUUGGGAAAGCCGUCGUGCUGCUAUCAGACCUCGCCGCUGUCUUCAACUUGACCCUAUUGAGCGAUGCAGGGCAUAGCCAGGUUGACAUCAGGAAGAUGUAACUACGAAUGCAUUCAAAAGCUGGAUUCAGACAUCAACACCAAGCCAUCAGCUCGUCGUCUGUUGCAAACGGCCAGCCUAUUGAAAAAUGAACCCCUGGUUGUCCACGGUGUCGUGGAAACACAAGCGCGAGUGAUUCGGGGGCUUGCCUCCACAUCUCAAUCAUCGGAUUCCUCGGGUGCUCGGGCAAGAUGUGUAGGCUGUGGAGGUUACUAUGGAAAGCCUACGUAUCGUCUUGCCUGAUACCAGGGACACCGGACGGCAAGAAUAGCAUCUUACGGUAGAGAUCAGCAGAUUGUUGAGGAAUUAGAAGACACCUCGAACGAGCGGUUGAUCGUUCAGACCAGCUCAGGUCGUUCAGUCACACAAACAAAUGGCAAUUCGGACCGAAAAGG